AUACCGUGAGGUUGGAAACGAAACCUUUAACAGUACUCAUUCGUACCCGCCAUUUGAACGUCGUACUAACCGCGAUGUAUUGUGCUGAACAUUCCGCUCAGGCGGGCCGUAUGACGCCUAUUUCUUGGGGCUUGCGAGUUUGUCUAUGGAGCUCGUAGCUAGCGCACCAUAGUCGCGUGGACUAGUGGCUGCACCUGCAGCUUUACCUGCUGACCAUCAUCUCUCCAGCCGUCCCGGUGACGAUAUUCUCACCUCGCCGUGCCCCAGACCAGCAGAACGCAUGAGUGCGAUGGCGAGAGCAAAGUAGUCGACCUUGAAUAACAACCAUAGACCACGUGCAAUAGACAAUGCGCUCCUUCGCCGUCUACAUCGCGUGGGCAGCCAGUCUGCUCACCAUCGCCAAUGCUUCGACGCUGACUCCGCCUGUGCUGCCACUCAUCGUGCGCAACCCAUAUCUCUCCGCAUGGCUGGCCAAUGCACGAGAUGUACCGUGGAGCAAAUGGCCCAUCUUCUACACCGGCCAGUCGAUCGGCCUUUCGGUCUUGGCACAUGUGCCGGCCACCAACACCGUCUACCCUCUCCUCGGUCGCCCGCAGGACUCGCUGGGUAGUUCCGGCGACGGCUACAACGUCUCGUUCUGUCAGUACCUUGGCGCGCAGUAUGAUGCCUCGACGACCAACCUCAGCUACUCCAUUCCCUCCGCGCAUGCCGGCGGGGCCGACGUGGAGUUGAUCCUUUCUUUCCUCUCGCCUAUCACGCCAACGUCUACCCUACGACAGGCCAUUCCAGCUGGCUAUGUUACAGUCUAUGUCAAAGGUGACUUUGAUUUGGACAUCUACAUCGAUCUCAACGGACAGUGGGUAAGCGGUAACCGCGGCAGCGAUAUCGUUUGGUCCUUGCAAGAAACCAAUUUCGAGGAUGCCAAGCACCUCAAGACCUGGCAGGUGAAGAAGAAGGACGAGGAAGUGUUCGUCGAAUACAACGACUUUGCCGAAUGGGGCGCCCUACACUUUACGGGACCGGCGGAUGCGCACCACGAGGCUGGUACCUCAGGUGUGCUGAGACAGCGCUUCAGCAAGACCGGACAUCUGCACAACACAGUGGACAAUGCUUUCAGGGGUAUUAUGGACGAGGAACCUGUGUUUGCUUUCAGUAAGCGCUUCAAUCUCUCUUCGAACAGCACCUUUGGAAGCUCGAACGCGAGUAAGGAGGACAGCGCGUUGUUCACCAUCUCCCACCUCCAGAAUCCAGUCACGCAAUACGCCUCUGCUCGAGGAUUGACGCAGAUGCGGCCGCUUUGGAUGUCCUACUUCUCCUCUCCAACCGCGCUGAUUACCUACCACUACCUGGACUUUAACUCCGCUUCGGCGCUUGCGGCCAACUACUCGCUGCAACUCUCCCGUGACGCUUAUGUUUCAGGCAGCUCCAAUUACGCCGACAUCGUCUCUCUCUCUGCCCGCCAAGUCUUGGGUGCGACAUCCUUCUCCGGCACCCCAGACAACCCGAUCCUCUUCCUGAAAGAGAUCUCGUCGAACGGCAACUGCCAAACAGUCGAUGUCAUCUUCCCUGCCUUCCCAUUCUUCCUGUACACUAAUCCGCGCUGGCUCGCUUAUUUGCUCGAGCCGCUGAUAGAGCACAUGCUGAGCGGACAGUAUCCGAACAUGUACACGAUGCAUGACCUGGGCACGCACUUCCCGAACAUGACGGGUCAUGCAGACGGGAACGAUGAGUACAUGCCAGUGGAGGAGUGUGGAGACAUGCUCAUUAUGGGCCUGGCGUUGGUGAACAGCCUUCUUCAUGGCGACGGCCGGAAUGCGCAGAGUCUGUGGAGCGCGGAAGGUGGCGUGCCUAGGCUGUCGCACGAUCUUGAUGCCGACACCGAAGACGAAAGUGUCAGUCCGUUUGCGCUGCCGACUCGGCUGGAGACGAGAGAUGGCGUGUUUGGCUUAGAUGAUCAGUUUGGCGGCAAAGUGGUUGGUGCGAGCCAGGCCAAGAAGUGGCUGUCGAAGUCUUAUAAGCUCUGGAAGCAGUGGACUUCGUACCUAGUGGAGUACUCGCUCGAACCACACAAUCAGCUCUGCACGGAUGACUUCGCUGGAUGGUUGGCGCUGCAGACCAACCUCGCGCUAAAAGGGAUCAUCGGCAUCAAGGCUAUGAGCGAGCUGGCGGGGAUAGUAGGCGAGACGGCUGACGCCAAGCACUACCGCAACAUUAGCGAGGUGUACGUUAAGAAGUGGGAGAAGAUGGGCAUGAGCCGUGACGGCGGACGGGCCAAGCUGGCCUACGAUUGGUACGGCAGCUGGACGACACUGUACUCCCUCUACGCCGACGCACUACUCUGCUUCCAUCCAUCAAGCGACUACAGCAAACCGCGACCUGACGAUGUCCAACAUGACGGGCAGCAACUGCUGCAGCCAUCUGUAAGCAGAUCCAUCAAUGACUCGGCCAACUUCAUCCCCGACCACAUCUACACCACCCAAUCCCGCUGGUACACCACAGUCAUGCAGAAGUACGGCCUACCCCUCGACAGCCGCCAUCUCUACACCAAAACCGACUGGGAGUUCCAGGCUGCCGCCGUAGCGUCACGCGCCACUCGAACGGAGAUUCUGGAUCGGGUGGCCAAGUGGUUGAACGAGACGAAUACGGAUUUGCCGUUUACGGAUCUGCAUGAGACGGAGGGGGAGGGUGCGUUUCCGGGGCCGAACUUCUAUGCGAGACCCGUCGUGGGGAGUCAUUUUGCGUUCUUGACGUUGGAGAGGGCUUGUCAAGGGAGAGGGGCGGGGGCUUUUGGGUAUGAUGUAUGAAGGCAGGCUGCUGGAGGCUUGCUGUGUGCAGUGGUAUGAGAUGGAAAGCCUUACGGCCGAUCUGUGCAGCAAUGCAUGAGGGGUGGCGCUGCUCCCAUGUGAUGUCCGGCAUUUGUAUGAGCACAUGAGAUAGCAUUACGACCUUCACGCUGUCUGAACUUGCCUGUCUAAACGCCUGACCGUACGGUGUUCU